ACACUUCCCAUCCUUCCACUCCCACACUCCCUCCCAAACCCGCCAUCGCCGGCCAAAAAUCAGAACAGAACAGAGUAACCCCAAACUAACACAAGAAGAAAGAAAAAAAAAUGGCUCCGCCGCCGCCGCUAACUCCUUCGCUCAUCCUCAUUCUACUAGCCACAUUCCUCACCGCCGCCGCCGCCUGCCCGCCAGCCGACCUAGCCGCCCUCCAGACCUUCAAAUCCGCCCUCACCGACCCGUACCUCGGCCUCUUCGACACCUGGACGGGCUCCAACUGCUCCGCCUACUUCGGCGUCAGCUGCGACCCGGCCACCGCCCGCGUCACUGAAAUCAACCUCCGCGGCGAGUCGGAGGAUCCGAUCCUCACCAAGGCCGGCCGAACCUCCGGCUACAUGACCGGAACCAUCUCCCCUGCCAUCUGCAAGCUCGACCAGCUCACCACGCUCAUCAUCGCCGACUGGAAGGGCCUCUCCGGCCAGAUCCCCGACUGCGUCUCCUCGCUCUCCAACCUCCGCGUCCUGGAUCUCGUCGGCAACAGCCUCUCCGGCCAGAUCCCCUCCCAAAUCGGAAACCUCGACCGCCUCGCCGUCCUCAACCUCGCCGACAACAGAAUCUCGGGAGGAAUCCCGGAAUCGAUUUCGAAAUUGGAGAGCCUGAAGCAUCUCGACCUCAGCAACAACCAGAUCUCCGGCCGGAUCCCCAACGAUUUCGGGAAUUUGAAAAUGCUCAGCCGCGCUCUGCUUGGCAGGAACCAGCUGGCCGGCCCUGUUCCAAACUCCAUGUCCAAUAUGUACAGGCUGGCGGACCUGGAUGUAUCCAUGAACCAGAUCUCCGGCGGGUUGCCCGGUUGGCUCGGGGACCUGCCGGUGCUGUCGACGCUGAAUCUGGACAGCAACGCGAUCGGCGGCGAUAUUCCGGCGAAGCUGCUGGGAAGCAGGGGGCUGGGGAUAAUGAACCUGAGCAGGAACGCGCUGGAAGGGGAGAUACCGGACGCGUUCGGGCCGGAGAGUUACUUCAUGGUGCUGGACCUCUCGUACAACAACUUGAAGGGGAAGCUCCCCGGGUCGCUGUCGUCGGCGGCGUACGUGGGUCACCUGGACUUCAGCCACAACCACCUGUGCGGGUCGAUUCCCGCCGGGGAGCCGUUUGAAAAGUUCGACUCGGCGUCGUUCGGGUUCAAUGAUUGCCUUUGCGGGAACCCACUCAGCACUUGUUAGUUGAUCAGUCAUGGGAAAAGUGGAAGAAGAACUAUAUGUGGUGGGGUGAAUUGGGAAAAUGUACUGUAUGUAUGUAGUAAAAAAAAAAAUGGUAAACCUUUUUCAAGUUACCGAGUUACUCAAAUUAUUAUUUUUAUUA